AUGAAAAAUGAAAUGGCAAAACAAACAGAAGAUAUAAUUUCGAAACUAGACGAAAAGUUGGCUCCUCUCACAUGCGAAGUCGAAGAAUUAAGGGACAACUAUACCCCUUCAAAACAUUGGCGUGUUUGUAAAAAACAUUUCAACCCUGACGAUUAUGCUUUACCUAAAGAACCAAAUACAGAAAAUCCUACUCCUAAACUAAAACCAAAAGCGGUGCCGAUAGUCGAUUUUGCUGGAACUAUGAAAGUGAAGAGACAAAGAGAGAGGGGAUAUUGA